AGUUUUUCGGGGCAGUCUGUGCCGAGCGGUGAGGGAGGCCGGAAGUGGCCGCAGCAGCAGCGACUCUUUUCUUCCCCUUGACAGCACUCUGGUGAAAUUAGGAGAUGGCAGUGAUGGAAAUUGUUUGCCAAGACACUUCAGUCCCAGCUAUUGGACAUCCAAAGGAACUUUCAAUGGGCAAAGGGCCACAGAAAGGAGCGAAGGGAAAAACAAACAGUGUCUGCAAAGUAGAAGAUCCAGACAAGCAUGUAUUCCAGGGCCCAUGGACGAUCCUAAGUGAUGUGAUUGCUAAGGGAACUGCCAAGGAAGACAGUGAAAAGGGGAGCUUAACCUCAAUCUCCAUUAUUGCCCAGGCAGAAUGUGAGAUCAGCCAGGAGUUCAGCCCCACUUAUUCAGAGAGGCCAUUUAUUGCUGAUACCAAGCGAUACAACCGAUCUUCCAGCCUUGAUCAGAUCCCCAACAAUGUGGCCCAUGCAACCGAGGGGAAAAUGGCACCUGCUCAUUGGAAGGGCAUACACCGAAGUAAGUCCCGGAAGAAACGACGGAAGAAGAAAACUCACGUCAAGUCAUCUGAGGGAGCAACCUCCUUAAUUCAGAAACCAAGGACUCCAGAGCAGGAGAGCUGUCUCCCAGUUCAGGAGGAUGACUCCUGCUUGAACACUCCCUUCAAGAACACCUCAUGGCAUUCAGAACCACUUAAAGAUUUAGGCUGUGAUGCCCAUUGCUUCGAAAAACCCAGCCAUGCUCACAAUGUGAACUUGCUGAAGAACCAGACUAAGCUAGAGUUGCACAAGCUGAUUAGUCCUGCUCAGUGCUUGAGCCAUGUUUGGAAAUCCCACACUCUGGACAACUUUGUCCCUCAAUCAAAAACACUCUACCCUUUUCCUUGUGACCCAUUCCCUCCUUAUUUGCAUGGCUACGAUGCCUUAAUUCCUGCUCUGAAAAUUGGUCCACUGGGGACAUAUCUCUUUGAUGACCUCUCCUGUGUCAAUGGCAAGAAAGGCCUCUCAGACCUGACCUUGGAACAUAGCCUCUCCAAAUGCAGCCUUCAGUCUGUAAAAACACCACCAGACAAGCUUUCUAUAGAUGAAUUUUUGGUGGAUGCCUUAAAGGGAAGUGUUAUUCUUGGGGAACCAAGAAACUUAGCUUGUUUGGUGAAGACAUGGAAGGAAGAUGGAUUGAGUUCAAAAACGAAGCUUCAAGGGAUUAAUGAAAAUGAAGGUGUACUACUUACUGAAAAACUCAAAGCAGUGGAUUAUGAAUACCGUGAAGAUGUUCACUGGACGAAAUUCCAAGGCCUGCUCGGCACAGGAUCCUUUGGGGAAGUGUACAAAAUGGAGGACAAGCAGACAGGCUUUCAGUGUGCAGCCAAAAAGAUGAGAAUUGAACACUUCCGUGCAGAGGAGUUGACAACAUGUACUGGAAUGAUGCAUGACAAUAUCUUGCCAUUAUAUGGAGCAGUCAAAGAAGGCCUUUGGAUUACUAUAUUCAUGAAGCUAAUGGAAGGUGGGUCACUUGGUCAGCUACUGAAACAGUGUGGCUACUUGCCAGAAGACAGAGCACUUGAUUACCUGGGCCAAGCAUUAAAGGGCUUGGAAUACCUUCAUACUCACAAUGUUCUCCAUGGAGAUGUAAAAGCUGACAACAUUGUUUUGUCUGGCGAUGGAAACCAUGCUGUCCUCUGCGAUUUUGGUCAUGCAGCCCACCUUCACCCAGAUGCAAUGGGGAAUUACUUAAUGACAGGAGAUUAUGUUCCUGGCACCGAAACCCACUUGGCCCCCGAAGUGGUGAUGGGAAAGCGAUGUGACACCAAGGCAGAUGUCUGGAGCAGCUGCUGUAUGAUGCUGCAUCUCCUGAAUGGCUGCCACCCUUGGACCCAAUAUUACAAUCACCCUUUGUGCCUCAAGAUAGCCAAGGAACCACCUCCCCUGAGAGAAAUCCCGUCCUCCUGUCACCCAUCCACUGCCCAUGUCAUUAAGGCUGGCCUUGAAAAGGAGCCAGCCAAACGGGCCUCAGCAGCAGAGUUGAGACUGAAAGUCAACAAAGCACUCGAGCAUGUGGGAGGCCUGAAAAGCCCCUGGAGAGGUGAAUACAGAGAACCCAGGUGCCUACAGAGGGUAAAAGAAAUUAGCCUCCCAGAACCAUCAUUGCCAGCACUCGAGGCUCCUAGUAGCAUGAAACCAUUGAUCCGAAGCUUCAGCUCACCGCUCCCGUCUCAGGCCCCAGUGGAGAGAAGUCCAUGUGUCCACCCAAGUACAUGCAGGAGAUUGUUGUGGCCAUAUGACUCCCUGCAGCCUUCCUUCCCAUCUCCUCUCAGCACCAAGAAGAGCAACUUUGUGGAAUGGAAAGCAGCUACCUUAGAGCAUGACCUUCAGCAGCUGGAAUUUGAAUUGAUUCUGAACAGUCUCUCCCAGCCCUUUUCUCUGGAGGAGCAAGAACAAAUGCUUUCCUAUCUCAGCUUGGACAGCUUUCUCCCAUCCGAUGCCAGUGAAAAGGGUUCUUUAAAAACAUCUCCCAGCUGGAAGGAUACUAUGAGUUCGGGAGUGCAUUCAUGGAACAGCCAGGCUGAUGGGCAGAGCAACAGCUGGAACAGCUGGCUACAUCGCAGCAAGCAGACAGAUGUCCCCACCUACUUUCACGGGGUGAAAAUUGAGAUCCACUUGCUCAGUGGAGAGAGUCUGCAUAUCAGAGAAUUCCACGGGGUCAAAGUGGGAGACGUUGCAACUGGAAUCAGCAGCCAAAUCCCAGUCUCUGCCUUUAGCUUCUUCACCAAGGAAGGCCAACCAGUUCGCUGUGACAUGGAGAUCCCGGACUCAGGCAUUGAGCUUCAGUGCGCUCUGGCCCCUGAUUGUAGCCGUGGAUGGAGUUGGCGGGUCAAACAUGGCCAGCUAGAGAAGCGACCAUGAAGUAUGCUGCUCUCAUCCCUCUCCUCUAAAUUGCCAUUGUCCCAAGCCAGCAUGGCAACUGGAUAAUGAGAGUGACAUUUAGAGGGCUUAGAUGGAUACAGUUCUCCCUGCCCCCACCCCCCGAGUUUGCUGUGGUAUUUGCAUAUAGAUUAGUGAUGAAUAUUAUUGGUAGCACUUAAGUCUUAAACAAGCAGCAUUACUCUUUUCUUUCUCCUCACUGUAUCUGAUCCUCUGGAAAUGAAACCAUUGAGGAUCGUGGAUAGAGGGCAGGAAUUGAACAUUGUGCCUUUACUUGUAAAUGAAUGUAUUUCAUCAUAUAAUAGUCAUACUUUUUUAUCCCCUUUCUAAUUGAAAAAAGGGACUGCAACUAUUACAUAAUGAAAGAAAAUCUGCCUUUG